GCUGGGCGGGCGAGGGCGGUUGCCUUGGCGACGGGGCUGCGGGUGAUGGCGGCCGGGCGCCGCCAUGGCGAGCGUGCACGAGAGCCUCUACUUCAACCCGAUGAUGACGAACGGCGUGGUGCACGCCAACGUCUUCGGCAUCAAGGACUGGGUCACCCCCUACAAGAUGGCUCUGCUCGUGCUCCUCAGCGAGCUGGGCCGCGCCGGCUCGCAGCUCGGCCUGCUGGAGAGGCGGCGGCUCAACCGGCUGCUGCUGCCCCUGCUGCAGGGUCCCGACAUGCCUCUGUCGCGACUGCGCAAGGCCAUCGAGGAGUCGUGCCCGCACCUGGCCAGCUCUGUGCACAUCAGGUUGAAACUUAUGGCAGAAGGAGAACUGAAAGAUAUGGAACAAUUUUUUGAUGACCUUUCAGAUUCAUUUUCUGGGACAGAGCCUGAAGUUCAUAAAACAAGUGUAGUAGGUCUGUUUCUGCGCCACAUGAUCUUGGCAUACAAUAAGCUUUCUUUUAGUCAGGUCUAUAAACUUUACACCGCGCUUCAGCAGUAUUUCCAAAAUGAUGAGAAAAAAAGUGGAAUUGAUGAGAGUGAUAUGGAACUGACGAAUACAGAAGAACUGGAAGGGAAAAUGGAGAAAGAAGAACUUGAUGUACCUCUAAGCAGGGAAGAAGAGAUAUCUUGCAGUGGGCCUCUUUCCCAGAAACAAGCAGAGUAUUUUCUCUCUCAGCAGGCUUCUUUACUAAAGAACGAUGAAACAAAGGCUCUUACUCCGGCAUCUUUACAAAAGGAAUUGAACAACUUGUUAAAAUUUAAUCCAGACUUUGCUGAAGCACAUUAUUUAAGCUACUUAAACAGUCUCAGAGUGCAAGAUGUCUUCAGUUCAACGCACAGCCUCCUUCAUUAUUUUGACCGUUUAAUUCUCACUGGAGCAGAAAGCAAAAGCAACGGGGACGAAGGUUACGGUCGGAGUCUGAGAUACGCUGCUCUGAAUCUAGCUGCACUGCACUGCCGGUUUGGCCAUUAUCAACAAGCUGAACUUGCACUUCAGGAAGCCAUCCGAAUUGCCCAGGAGUCUAACGAUCAUGUUUGCUUGCAGCACUGCCUGAGCUGGUUAUACAUCCUGGAACAGAAGAUAUUUGAUAGCUGUGUUCUGCUGGAGCACUCAGUAAACAAAUCUUUACACUUUGGUUUGCCUUACCUUGCUUCCCUGGGAAUACAAUCCUUGGUUCAGCAAAGAGCUUUUGCAGGAAAGGCUGCCAACAAACUAAUGGAUGCCUUAAAAGAUUCUGAUCUGUUGCACUGGAAACACAGCUUGUCAGAGCUUAUUGAUAUCAGUAUAGCACAGAAGACAGCCAUUUGGAGAUUAUAUGGCCGCAGCACCAUGGCACUUCAACAAGCCCAAACAUUGCUGAGCAUGAACAGUCUGGAGGCUGUGAAUGUGGGCGUCCAGCAGAAUAACACCGAGUCCUUUGCUGUAGUAUUGUGUCACCUGGCUGAGCUGCAUGCAGAGCAGGGAUACUUUGCAGCUGCUUCUGAAAUACUGAAACAUCUAAAGGAGAGAUUCCCUCCCAAUAGCCAGCAUGCACAGCUUUGGAUGCUGUUUGAUCAGAAAAUACAGUUUGAAAGAGCCAUGAAUGAUGGCAGAUACCAUAUAGCUGAUUCUCUUGUAGCAGGAAUUACAGCACUUAGUAGCAUUGAAGGAGUAUACAGAAAAGCCAUUGUAUUGAAAGCCCAAAAUCAAAUGUCAGAGGCGCACAAGCUCUUGCAGAAAUUGUUGAUCCACUGCCAGAAAAUCAAGAACACUGAGAUGGUGAUUAGCGUACUGCUGUCAAUAGCAGAGCUCUACUGGAGGUCUUCAUGCCACACCAUAGCCUUGCCUGUCCUACUGCAGGCUCUUGCCCUCUCUCGAGAAUAUAGUCUGCAGUACUUGGCUUCUGAGACUGUGCUGAACUUGGCUUUCUCCCAGCUGAUCCUUGGCAUUCCCGAGCAAGCCCUGAAUAUUUUGCAUAUGGCAAUAGAACCUGUCUUGGCCCACGGAGCUGUACUGGACAAAGGCUGUGCCAUGUUCCUGGUGGCCAAGUGUCAGGUGGCUUCUGCAGCUUCCUACACUCAACAAAAGAAGAUUGAAGCUUUGGAAUCCGCUAUUCUGAAUCUAAAUGAAGCUAAGACUUACUUUGCCAAAGUGGACUGCAAAGAGCAGCUCAGAGAUGUUCUCUACUUCCAAGCCCGGCUGUUCCACACCCUAGGCAAGACCCAGGAAAGGAAUAAAUGUGCCAUGUUGUUCCGUCAGUUGCACCAGGAACUGCCUGCACACGGUGUCCCCUUAAUAAAUGCCUUCAAGUGACGCAUUUAAAGAUGAGAUUUGUUUGUUUUCCUCUUCUUUUUUUUUUUUUUACAAAUGUCUUUUUACUAUAUUCAGUCAUUUGUGUUUCAGAAUAAUUGCCAAUAAAUCGUGGUCUUCUAUGGAA